AAGUAAAAGAAGGGGAGAGACAGAGAAAGUCUUCUUCUGCUUUUCUCCUUCCCUUUCCCUUUUCAUUCCUUUCCCUUCUAAAACCGAAGGGGAGAGAGAGAGAGAGAGAGAGAGAGAGAGAGAGAGAGAGAGAGAGAGAUGGGCUGCUGCCAGUCCUACUGCCUUAGAGAAACCCAUCCAGAGAAAGAGCAGCAGAAUCAGCUGCACCAGCAAAACCCUACCUUCAAUUCUCAUAAUCAUCAUCACCACCAAGCUUCUGCUUUCGAUGCUGAAGCCGUCGGUGCGGGCGGUGUUCCGCCCUUCUCUGAGUUCUCUCUCUCCGAUUUGAAAGCCGCCACAAACAACUUCAGCUCUGACUUCAUCGUCUCCGAGAGUGGAGAGAAAGCCCCCAACCUCGUCUACAAGGGCCGGCUCCAGAACCGCUGCUGGAUCGCCGUUAAGAAAUUCAGCAAGAUGGCCUGGCCCGAUCCCAAGCAGUUUGCGGAGGAGGCUUGGGGUGUUGGGAAAUUGCGGCACCGGCAUCUUGCUAAUUUGAUCGGGUACUGCUCUGAUGGGGACGAGAGGUUGCUUGUAGCUGAGUACAUGCCAAACGAUACACUUGCAAAGCAUCUCUUUCAUUGGGAAAAUCAAACCAUUGAAUGGGCUAUGCGUUUAAGAGUUGCUUUCUAUAUUGCAGAAGCAUUAGACUAUUGUAGUACUGAAGGCCGACCAUUAUAUCAUGACUUGAAUGCUUAUAGGGUUCUUUUUGAUGAGGAUGGCAAUCCACGGCUUUCUUGUUUUGGACUAAUGAAAAAUAGCAGGGAUGGGAAAAGUUAUAGCACAAAUCUUGCUUAUACACCUCCCGAGUAUCUAAGAAAUGGAAGGGUAACUCCUGAAAGUGUAAUAUUCAGCUUUGGUACUGUCCUCUUGGAUCUUCUUAGCGGAAAGCACAUCCCUCCCACUCAUGCUCUUGAUAUGAUAAGGGGCAAAAACAUCCUAAUGUUAAUGGAUUCCCAUUUAGAGGGCAACUUCUCAACAGAAGAGGCGACUGUACUUGUUGGACUUGCUUCUCGAUGUUUGCAAUAUGAACCAAGGGAGCGUCCCGACCUGAAGGACAUUGUUGCCACCCUCUCACCAUUACAAACCAAAUCAGAAGUACCAUCAUAUGUGAUGCUGGGCAUUCCGAAGCACGAGGAAGCCCCUCCUACUCCACAGCACCCUCUCUCCCCUAUGGGUGAAGCCUGUACCAGGAUGGACCUCACAGCGAUCCAUCAGAUCCUGGUGAUGACACACUACAGAGAUGAUGAAGGAACAAAUGAGUUAUCUUUCCAAGAGUGGACACAGCAAAUGAGAGAUAUGCUGGAAGCAAGGAAGCGUGGGGACUUUGCAUUCCGCGAUAAAGAUUUCAAGACUGCAAUAGACUGUUAUAGUCAGUUCAUAGAUGUCGGAACAAUGGUAUCUCCCACAGUAUAUGCAAGGCGGAGCCUGUGCCAUCUCCUCUGUGAUCAACCAGACGCUGCACUCCGAGACGCAAUGCAAGCACAAUGCGUUUAUCCAGAAUGGCCCACUGCAUUCUACAUGCAGGCAGUUGCCUUGGCCAAGCUGGACAUGCACAAGGAUGCCGCCGACAUGCUGAAUGAAGCGGCAGGGCUAGAAGAAAAGAGGCAGCGAGGUGGAAGAGGCUCCUGAAUGACUCAAGGCUGGAUGGCAUCUGCAAUAAUGCAUCCAUACACCUUUAUCGUCAACACAAACACCGGCAAUGCAAACACCAGUGGUUGUGAACUUGGUUUCUCAGCGAUAAUGUAACAUAGAGAACCCUUGUUGUUUACAUUAAUGCAUGUGGUUUAUCCAUUGAUAGUAAUGGUGGCUCAAUGUAUAUGAACAAAUACAAUACAAACACUUGGGAGAUGCAAUUUUUCAUCA